UCCGCCUCUGCCGCGCGCUUGCAGGCUCCGGCGCCAUGGCGUUUCUCACCGUGAAGGCCUACCUUCUGGGCAAGGAGGAGGUGGCCCGCGAGAUUCGCCGUUUCAGCUUCUGCGUCAGCCCCGAGCCCGAGGCGGAGGCGGAGGCCGCGGCCGGCCCGGGGCCUUGUGAGCGGCUGCUGAGCCGGGUGGCCGCCCUGUUCCCCGUGCUGCGGCCCGGCGGCUUCCAAGCGCACUACCGCGAUGAGGACGGGGACUUGGUUGCCUUUUCCAGUGAUGAGGAGCUGACAAUGGCUAUGUCCUACGUGAAGGAUGACAUUUUCCGGAUCUACAUUAAAGAGAAGAAGGAGUGCCGGCGGGACCAUCGCCCACUGUGUGGUCAGGAGGCACCCCGCAGCAUGGUGCAUCCCAAUGUGAUCUGUGAUGGUUGCAAUGGUCCUGUGGUCGGAACUCGCUACAAGUGCAGUGUAUGCCCAGACUAUGACCUGUGUAGUGUCUGUGAGGGGAAGGGCUUGCACAAAGAGCACAGCAAGCUGGUCUUCCCCAACCCCUUUGGGCAUUUCUCUGAGGGCUUCUCUCAUAGCCGCUGGCUCCGGAAGCUGAAACAUGGGCAUUUUGGGUGGCCUGGUUGGGAGAUGGGCCCACCAGGGAAUUGGAGCCCACGUCCUCCUCGAGCAGGGGAUGCCCGUCCCAGCCCCAGCCCCACAGCUGAGUCAGCUUGUGCUCCAUCAGAGGAUCCCAGUGUGAAUUUUCUGAAGAAUGUUGGGGAGAGUGUAGCUGCUGCCCUUAGCCCUCUGGGCAUUGAAGUUGAUAUUGAUGUGGAGCACGGAGGGAAGAGAAGCCGCCUGACACCUGUCUCCCCACAAAGUUCCAGUGCAGAAGACAAGUGCAACUCUCAGCCAAGUAGCUGCUCUUCUGAAGUUAGCAAACCGGAUGGUACUGGCACAGCACAGUCUCUGACUGAGCAAAUGAAGAGGAUUGCUUUGGAAUCCAAAGGGCAGCCCGAGGAACAGAUGGAGUCUGAUAACUGUUCAGGAGGAGAUGAAGACUGGACACAUUUGUCUUCAAAAGAAGUGGAUCCAUCUACAGGUGAACUCCAAUCUCUCCAGAUGCCAGAAUCCGAAGGCCCAAGCUCUCUGGACCCUUCCCAGGAAGGGCCCACAGGGCUGAAGGAAGCUGCCCUGUACCCACAUCUUCCACCAGAGGCUGAUCCCCGGCUGAUUGAGUCACUUUCCCAGAUGCUGUCCAUGGGCUUCUCUGAUGAAGGUGGCUGGCUUACCAGACUGCUACAGACCAAGAAUUAUGACAUCGGGGCUGCUCUGGACACCAUCCAGUAUUCAAAGCACCCUCCAUCAUUGUGACAGCGCCUAAACCUCAUUGUUCCCCUUUGUCUCAUAGUUGCAUUGAGUAGAGCAGCAAGGCCUUGGUAAGGGCCAGUUCCGCAGCAGACUUCAGAAUUUGAGGGUUGGGUGCAAUAGGUAGAACAAGUGACUUGAGUGUUCUGAGGAUAUAUGUGUGCUGAUAUGUGAGAAUGAAACCAGGUACCACAGAUUCCCCAGCUUCUGCUUUCUCCCUGAGGCACACUUGCUCUCCCUGCUAGCAUCGUAUCAGCAGUACGGAAUGUUUUCUGCUUUCUCUGUUCAAAAUAAUACACUGACAUUUAGUUAUUUUCAACAAAUGAAAAUUGUUUUGUUUGAGUGUAUGAAGGUAGGCAUCUGGGUUGAGGCUCAGUCAUCUAAGCUUUGGGCUCUCAUGAUGUACUGUCUUGUUUCAAGACCACUCUAGUUAUCUUGUGUCCAGGUGUCAACUGCUUUUAAAGAAAAAUCCCUCUGCAGUAUCCUGUGACCUGAUUUGUAAACACUCUGUAAUUAAAUGGCAUAAGCACUUUAAUCAAA